CCGAGAAUAGCGUUUCUUCUUUGAUACCUGCCGAGAAAUGGGUGCAAAUCAAAGUGUUGAAAUGACCCCUGAAGCGAACCAUCGUCUUGCUAUAAAUAUGAUGAAAACGCUUGCUGAGAAAGAACCAGGAGAUAAUAUUUGUAUUUCCCCUUUGAGCUUGGUAUGCACUCUAUCCAUGCUAUUGUGCGGCGCCUGUGGGGACACAGCCUCGGAAAUAAUCGAAGUCCUCGGUCUCAAGGAUGUCUCCAAAAGAGAACUAGACGCUUGUUUCAACCGCCUGCUGUCUUCCUUAGGCAAAAGUGGUAGCGCCUACACAUUGGAAUGUGCAAACGCUGCUAUCAUUCAGCAGAAUUUUCCCAUAAAAGAUGGCUAUAAGAAAAAGCUGAACUCAUUUCGUGCUCUUCUGAUCCAAGACGACUUCGCCAAACACCCGCUGGCAGUGGUGGAUCGGAUCAACAAGUGGACGAAAAGUAAGACUCACGGCGUGAUUGAUAGAUUGCUCGACUCUCUGGACCCCGACACUGCCAUGGUUCUUUUGAACGCCAUCUAUUUCAAGGGCAGAUGGAUGAAGAAGUUCAAGAAAAAUGGCACCUCCCUUGGGGCAUUCUUCAACAGAAGUACCGGAGAGAAACAAAUGGAGAUGAUGCACCUGAAAGAAGAAUUCGAUUACGGAGAGUUCGAAAAUUGCCAAGCUCUUCUGCUGCCUUACCGAGGCAAAGACAUCUCCAUGUUGAUUCUGUUGCCUUUCUCUAAGGACGGCUUGGACGAUUUAGAGAAGAAGCUGACUUCUGAUUUUGUGAGAAUGUUCAGGGGGAAUAUGCAGAAAACGAAAGUGGAAGUUUCCCUUCCGAGGUUUCGAAUCGAGUAUUUUAAGUCUUUGAAAGAAACAUUCCAACAGUUGGGUAUGCGUAAAGCCUUCGACAGCGCUGCAGAUUUGAGUGGGAUUUGUGAUCAUGUCAACUUCAGUGUGUCCGACAUCAUCCAGAAGUCAGUGGUUGAAGUGAAUGAAGAUGGAACUGUUGCAGUUGCAGUUACUGCUGCAUUUACUGUUCCAGCCUGUGGGAAUUUGAAUGAAGAAUAUUUCAUUGUGGAUCAUCCCUUUUUGUUUACAAUAUACGAUAUUAGGAAUGAUACGAUCCUUUUUAUUGGCAGAAUCGUCGAAUUGAAAACGAAAAGUAAGACUCACGGCGUGAUUGAUAGAUUGCUCGACUCUCUGGACUCCGACACUGCCAUGGUUCUUUUGAACGCCAUCUAUUUCAAGGGCAGAUGGAUGAAGAAGUUCAAGAAAAAUGGCACCUCCCCUGGUUCAUUCUUCAACAGAAGUACCGGAGAGAAACAAAUGGAGAUGAUGCACCUGAAAGAAGAAUUCGAUUACGGCGAGCUCGAAAAUUGCCAAGCUCUUCUGCUGCCUUACAAAGGUAAAGACAUCGCCAUGUUGAUUAUGUUGCCUUUCUCUAAGGACGGCUUAGACGAUUUAGAGAGAAAUCUGACUCCUAAUUUUGUGAGAAUGUUCAGGGGGAAAAUGUGGAAAACGACAGUGAAGAUUUCCCUCCCGAGGUUUCGAAUCGAGUAUUUUAAGACUUUGAAAGAAACAUUCCAACAGUUGGGUGUGCAUAAAGCCUUCGAAUGCGCUGCAGAUUUGAGUGAGAUUUGUGAUAUAGUUGACAUGAGUGUGUCCGACAUCAUCCAUAAAGCAGUGAUUGAAGUGAAUGAAGAUGGAACUGUUGCAGCUGCAGUUAGUGCUGGUAUACUUGUUCCAGCCUGUGGGAAUUUGAAUGAAGAAUAUUUCAUUGUGGAUCAUCCCUUCUUGUUUACAAUAUACGAUAUUAGGAAUGAUACGAACCUUUUUAUUGGCAGAAUCGUCGAACUGUAA